AUGAUAAUUACUCAGUUAGUGAACCCAUUAAAGGCGUGUGGAGAAACGAUCACAGAGCAAUAUUUUAUCAUGAGAAUCUUGGGUUCUUUAGCGCCAAGAUUUAACAAUGUUGUCGGAGCAAUUGAGGAAUCGAAGGAUCUUGCAAGGAUGAGUAAAGAGGAGCUACAAAGCUCUCUUGAGGCUCAUGAGCAAAGGAUAGAGGAGAGAAAUAGUGCCAAGGCAAAGGCAGAGAUCACUUUGCAAACUCGUUUCAAUGAGAAAGACAAGAAGUCGAAAGGAAAAUUACCCAUAAAGAGUAAAGGAAAUUUUCUGAAUUUGGGUGGAAGAGAGUCUCAAAGUUCCAAAAAUUCGAUUUGUCAAAAGGGUGAGAGCAGAUACAACAAGGAUGAUGGUCAAGAAGAAAAUGUAAUGGAGAAUGUGAGAGGAGCAGUUCACUACAACGAGAAAUUGUAUUUAGACCCCUUAUGUUCUAAGCAUAUGAAAGGGAGGAAAUAUUGGUUUGUCAAAAUUAAUCGUACCAUGAAGAACAAAGUAAAGUUCACAGAUGAGUGGAUGAGAUCGGGUUACAAGAAUUUUAUGGAGAACAGGGCGUUAUGCGUUAUGGAUGUAAACGAGGUUUUGAUCCUUAAAGCAUUUAUGGCUGGCAAUAGAAAUUUCAAGGUUGAGUUGAAGGUUAUAGAGCAUAGGUGUCUUUCUACAACGGAUAGUCGAGAAAAAUGGAUAUGGCACUAUCGUCUUUGGCAUCUCAAUUUUAGAGUUAUUAAUGUAACAGAACGGUAA